CAGUUUCAUUUUAACAUUUGUCGUGGCCGCACACGGAAUAGCACGGGAAUUUAUUUGUGAACGAAAUUUACAAUUUUUUAAAUAUUAUCCGAAAUAUGUACAAUAAUUUAUUACAUUAUUGUGCAUUGCACUAUUUAACCGCUUGACCCUGUGAACCAUCCCAUAAGAAAAUAGUGUUUACCGAAUAAGCAAAGAGCGCAACAACAACAUCGACUCGCGCAAAUGGAUAAAAUGUUUGUUGUUAAUGUUAAGCGAAAACUGCAAAUCAAAAAAGUGUGAUAAUAACAGCAAAAAGAAAAGAAGAAAAAAAAAACGGGCGAGAGAACGCGCCAGCAGCCUGCAUGCGCGCCUAUGUGUGUGUGUGUGUGUGUGAACGUACGUGCGCGUGUGUGUGUAGUUCGCUGUCCGCUGUAUAUGUGUGUGUGUGAGCGAGAGCGCGAGCUUAGGCGAGUGAGUGUGCAGUGAAGUGCAAAAGAGAAAUACGAUAAAACAAAAAAAAAAAAAUAAUAAAACACGCCAUGCAGUUGCGCCCGUUUUAGCUGAUAAAGCGUACAACAAAAAGAAAAAAAAAUAUAAAAUCAAAUAAAAUAAAAGCUCACACACAUAAAGAGCAGUAGGCACGAAAGCGAGUGAAAAUAGAAAAUUAAUAAUUAGCAAGAAGAAGCAGCAGCACACACAACAUCAAAGCAAAUAGCCAAAUUGUAAGUGAUCAGUGCUAAAAACACAUCACUAACAACAAAUUGAAUGAAAUUUUCACUCUCUUUCUGUCUCUCUUUGCAUAAAUAGUGCAAAUCAAAAUUCUCGGUGCACAGCGGCCAGUUUUAAAAACGAUCGCAAAUACAAUAAGAAAUAAACAAGAAAGAAAAACAACAACACAACUGCAGUGCGGCAGCAGAAGAAGAAUUAAAUUACAACCAAAAAGGCAAAUAAACAGUGCUGCUAAACGGUCAAAAUGUCGACACUGGACAUACCCAACAAUUCGGCAAUGAUGAAGCGAGCUGAGCAGCUGCGUCGCUGGGAGGAAUCGGACACAAAUCGCGCUCCGCCCACUCCCCGCCACAGCCGCAAUGGGCGACACAUCAAGUUCAGUUCGGGCUGCGUUUUUCUCGCCGCCUGUUUAUCGGGCGAUAAGGACGAUGUGCUGCAGCUGAUCGAUGAUGGCGCCGAUAUCAACACUGCUAAUGUGGAUGGCCUCACAGCGUUGCAUCAGGCCUGCAUCGAUGACAAGCUCGACAUGGUUGAGUUCUUAGUGACGCAUGGAGCAGAUAUUAAUCGACAGGACAACGAGGGAUGGACGCCGCUGCAUGCGACAGCCUCCUGCGGCUUUGUGAGCAUAGCACAGUAUCUGGUGGAGCACAACGCAGAUGUGGCUGCUGUGAAUAGCGAUGGAGAUUUGGCGCUGGAUUUGGCAAAUGAUGUGCAGCACAUGCCCAUGAUUGAUUACAUGGAGAAGGUGGUGCAGGAGCGCAACAUUGAUGUGGAUCAGGCGCGCAGAGCGGAGGAGAAGGCGAUGCUAAACGAUGCCAACAAAUGGCUGCUUAGCGAUGGCGCUGAUGUUGAUCGACCCAAUCCAAAAACUGGUGCAACAGCGCUGCAUGUGGCAGCCGCCAAGGGCUACACGAAUGUGCUGAAAUUGUUGCUGGCCGGCCGGGCAAAUGUCGAUAAGCAGGACAACGAUGGCUGGACGGCGUUGCAUGCUGCGGCGCAUUGGGGACAAAAGGAGACGGCUGAGAUGCUGGUCGAUGCGUGGGCCAACAUGGACAUCCGCAACUAUUCGGGACAAUCCUGCAUCGAUGUGGCCGAUCGCAAAAUGGUCAAAUUCCUCGAAGAACUGCGCGCCAACAUGCGCAUCAAGCGUCGUCCAUCUAGUCAAAUCAGCAGAAUCUCAGAUGCGAUUGAAAAUCAUGUGGACAAAACACCAACGAAACUCGUACGCGUUGAAGUGAGAACUGAUGCCGCUAAGGAUGCUGAAAAUGUGAAACCCAAUCAGCAAAUUCAUGCCGCCGAACACGCCGUCGAAGAUGAGGCGCCUUGGCGACGCAAAACGCUUCGCACGCCCAACGACAGCCCCACUAAGAAUCAAGUUCCUGACAAAGAGCUGAGCGGCAAAAGCGCCAACGAGAGCGCCAACGAUGUCAUCUUGCGACGCACGCACAGCUUUGAGAAUGAUCAAAAAUUCUAUCAAAAGUACAAUGAGCUGAGGGCACGCAUUAAGGCGAACUCGUGUCCCAUUCUGCUAGCGACAACGGCGAAUGCGCUGCCUGGUGGCAUCGGCAUCGGGGGCGUCGGUGGCAACAACGCUGCCAAUAACAACAAUAACCAAAGUAGCAAUAACAACAAUAAUAAUAACAACAACAAUAACAACAACAACAAACAGAGCCAGAGUCUGCUGCUGUUGGGGAAAACAGCAAACACAACAUCGACUGGCUUGAGCAACAGCAACAACUACAACAACACAUCAAGCACCAUGAACACAACAUCAACAACAACAACAGCCACAACCACAACAACACUCAACACACACACACCAACAGCAGCUACAUUAACAACAGCAACAAAUGCAUCAGCUACAACAACAACAACAGCAACUCCAAGUCAAAUUUAUAGCGUACAAAGAUCGGCCUCCCUCAAAGAUAACUCUGUGUAUUUCAGGAAACCGAUUGCUCCAGCUACUGCUUUGCUGAAUGCAGCGACAACGACACCAACCACAACGGGACUCAGCUCACCUUCAACGACUGUGCACACCCCACCAAUUCGCAGAAACAAUUCCGUUAGCAGCCCCGCUGCACAGAGCGGCAGCACCAGCAACAACAAUGGCAGCACCACGGCAAGCGCCAGUGCCAGCGAUGUGGAGACUCCCAAGCCCAAGCAAUCGGCGGGCAAUAUAUUCAAAAACUUUUUCAAAUCCUUUGUGCCUCCGGUGCGUGACGAGGAGAGCGAAACGCAGCGUAAAGCGCAUGCGAAGCGAGUCCGUGAGACGCGUCGUUCGACGCAGGGCGUGACCCUUGAUGAGAUCAAGAGUGCCGAGGAGCUGGUCAAGAAGAAGAACCUGGGCAUGAACAAGAACAACAAUAACAAUAACAACAACAGCAGCAGCAAUGAAACAAGCUCCACAUCAAGCACCGCAACAACAACAACAACAGCAUCAACAACCACCACAACAUCAGCCACAUCAUCAACAACAACAACAGCAACAACAACAUCUUCGCCAAGCACAACAACAACAACUGAAACUGCAACUGCAACAACAACAACGACAAGCAACAGCAACAACGACAACAACAGCAGCAGCAGCGACAGUUCACAAGAGCCACAGCCACCGCCACCGCCCACAACACCGCCACCCAGCUUGAUACCAACUGCAGAUGAUUCGGAAAUCAUUGAGGCUGUGGUUGCCACAUUGGCGCCAGCUUCUUCGUCUGUCGAUGAUGUCAAUGCCAGCUUCACGCUGACGGCGCCAACCACAAGAAAAUCAGAUGAUGAUCAAGUUGAAACUGCUGAGAGCAAUGCUGAAGAGGAGGAUGAUGAUGAUGAUCAAGAGGAGGAGGCAGUUAGUGCUAGCUACACGAUAGUCUCGCCAUCCCGACUAAAGACUGAUCCAGUUGCCAAACAACAGACGAGCAGCGAUUCUAUCGAGUCAGCUGUGCAGCCAGCAGUCAGACCCACAGAGCUGGCGAUAGCCACAACAACAACUGUAACUGAAAGUAAACCCAUUGUGCAGACUCCUGUUGCCACAACUCCAAUUGCUGUCCUGGAGAGUCCUGUGCGAUUGAGGGACAAACGCAGUCUGAGCAGCGCAACAUCAAAGGAUGUUGAGGCAGAUGCCAAGUCGGACACAGCUUCGCCAGUCUCGACGCAUGCGGAUUUCAAUGCUCGCGAUUCACUCUUGAGUUUAUACGCCAGACGUACCGGGGAGAGUGGUGCAGGUGGGGCAAGUGGUGCAAGUGUGGCUGCUGCAACUGUUACACCUUCCACGUCGUCGUCUUCAGCAACAACAACUGCAGCCGAGCGGCGACCUUCGUGGCGCCUCAAGUUCGAUGCGGGCUCAAAGUUCAAGCUGGAAGACAUCACCAGCGGUGGCAGCUACCCGCCCAACCAGAGCACCAUCAUCCCAAGUGCGCCGGCUGUCAUGGCAGCUGUUAAUCUGGCCAGCACAGCUGGAACCCAGCGACGCAUCAGCAGUGGUCCCAAUGCGCUCAAUGCUUCCAAUCAAUCGCUUAACUCGAUCGGUCGUCCAGUCUCGGCGCCCAGUGAGACGAUCAAUGCGUAUGUGACACCUCCAGCGCGUCAGCGAUACGAGACGUCUUCAGCCGCUGCCGCUGCUGCUGCUGCGACAACAACAGCGGGAACAACAACUGCCACGUCAACAGCGAACAACUCCGCGUCUGCAGCCAGUGCCAAUCAUGCAUCAGCCACAGCAUCCAGUGCUACAACCAGCCAUGAAGAUAAAGAUAACGACAAGGAGAACGAUAAUCGCACACAGACUGUCAUACAGCGUCGACGCAAACCGAAGCGUCGAUCCACGGGCGUGGUGCAUCUCGAUAUGGAUGAGCUUGAUCCGGAUCGUCAACACGAUACGGUCAACAAUGACAACGAGGAGAAGGAAAAGGAGAGCGGAAGCGAACGCACCUCACGCUCUCGCACUGCGAGCACAGCCACUGCAAGCGUCGCCAGCGAUUCGAAGAGCUCCAGCAGCAGCGACAAGGCAGAGAAUGGAGAUGGCAUUGACUACAAGGCGCUCUGGGAAGCGGCCAAAAUCGAGAACGAUAAGCUCAAGCAAAUGCUCAAGCAGAAGGACGACGAAGUUGUACAAACGCGUGCGACGCUCGAGCGUUUUGCGAAUGCCACAACUAAAAAUUCACUCUCUGAGAUUGAGAAGCGUGAAAGAAGAGCUAUGGAACGCAAGCUUUCCGAAUUGGAAGAAGAGCUCAAGCUCUUGCAGAAGCUAAAGACUGAGAACGAUCGUCUACGUGCCGAGAAUCGUGCCCUAACGCGAGUUGUCUCUAAGUUGACCACCUCGGCACAGAGUCAACUAGCCAAAAGCAAAUAAGUCAGCUGGCUGCUCCACAUAUCGGCGACUAUCGCUCGAAUAUCGUACUCGUUAUCGUAAUCGCAAUCGUUAUCGUUUCUAUAUACUUCUACCAUAAUACUCCGUACAGCAAAGCAAAAAAACACAUACGUACAUCGCAUACUCGAAUAUAAUAGUUAAAAUUACAA